CGCCAGGUGGCUGCCAAAUCGGCCACCCCUGCUGCAGUUCAGAACAGCUCCAGGAGCGUCCCAGCUGAGGGCACCCCACAGGGAGGCAGACCUCCAGGUCAUCUUUCCUUGUCCUCCCAGCCCAGUUGCCACAACAAACAGCAGAGGAGACAUUGAACAUGGGGGAUGUGAAGCUGGCUGCCUCGACACACGUUUCCAAAACUUCCCUCACCGUGGAUCACUCGGGAGUCAGCUCCAUGCCCCUGGCCGAGGCCCCGGCUUUCAUUUUGCCCCCUCGGAACCUCUGCAUCAAGGAAGGAGCCACUGCCAAGUUUGAAGGGAGGGUCCGGGGUUACCCAGAGCCCCAGGUGACGUGGCACAGAAACGGGCAACCCAUCACCGGUGGGGGCCGCUUCCUGCUGGACUGUGGUACCCGGGGGACUUUCAGCCUUGUGAUUCAUGCUGUCCAGGAGGAGGACAAGGGAAAGUACACCUGUGAAGCCACCAAUGGUAGUGGUGCCCGCCAGGUGACAGUGGAGUUAACGGUAGAAGGGGGCUUUGUGAAGAAGCAUGGGCAGCCUGUUGUUUCCAAAGCCUUGGGGGACAGAUUUGCAGCCUCUGCAGUGGAGACCCGUCCGAGCAUCUGGGGAGAGUGCCCACCAAAGUUUGCUACCAAGCUGGGCCGAGCGGUGGUCAAAGAAGGACAGAUGGGGCGGUUCUCUUGCAAGAUCACUGGCAGGCCCCAGCCACGGGUCACAUGGCUCAAGGGAGACAUCCCCCUGCAGCCCAGUGCCCGUGUGUCUAUGUCUGAGAAGAAUGGGAUGCAAGUUCUGGAAAUCCACGAGGUCAGCCGAGAUGACAUGGGCGUGUACACGUGUUUGGUGGUGAAUGGGUCGGGGAAAGCUUCCAUGUCGGCUGAGCUCUCCAUCCAAGGUUUGGACAGUACCAACAGGUCGCUGGUGAGAGGAACAAAGGUGGCCAAUUCCGACAUCUGUAAGGAAGUGACCAACGGAAUCACUCAGGGGCCGAAACCGGACGGCCCGGAGGCUGCAGGUGGAAGUAAGAACUACUCCAGCACCCCUGUCUGGGCCACAAGUAGCCGGCCUCCACCCCUGCAGGAAUCCAAGCUGGAGCCAUCUGGGGACUCACCCAGAAAGGCCCCAAGGCCCCCCGUCCUGCAGACUUCCAGCACCAUCACCCUGCAGGCCGCCAAAGUCCAGCUGGAACCGAGAGCACCAGUCUCAGGCGCACUUUCUCCAUCCAGAGAAGAGAGGGAGAGGCCCGCAGCUCCCCCGCCAGCCGCCCUCACCACCAGGCAGUCUGGCCUGGGAAGCCAAGAUGUCGUGAGCAAGGCUGCCCCCAGGAGGAUCUCCACAGAGAGCCAGAGGGACACAACAGCCCCCAGAUUUGAGAGCAAGCCCCAAAGCCAGGAAGUCAGUGAAGAUCAAACAGUCAAGUUCAAGUGUGAGGUUUCAGGGAUCCCCAAGCCCGAAGUGACCUGGUUCCUGGAUGGUGCCCCCGUGAGGAGACGAGAAGGCACCAUUGAAAUUUAUGAAGACGGGGGUUCCCACUACCUCUGCCUGCAGAGAGCCCGGGCAAGGGACAGCGGGAACUACACCUGCACAGCCGCCAACGUCCGAGGCCAGGUGUCCUGCAGCUGGACCCUCCUGGUGAGAAGGCUAACGGCGAAGGAAGUGGCCCCCUCGUUCUCCAGUGUCCUGAAGGACUGUGCCGUCAUUGAGGGCCAGGACUUCGUGCUGCAGUGCUCGGUGCAGGGGAUCCCAGUGCCCCGAAUCACUUGGCUGCUCAACGAGCAGCCCAUCCAGUACGCUCACUCUACCUGCGAGGCUGGUGUGGCUGAGCUCCACAUCCAGGAUGCCCUCCCGGAGGACGAUGGCGUGUACACCUGUCUGGCCGAGAACACCUUGGGGCAGGUGUCCUGCAGCGCCCGGGUCACUGUCCGAGAAAAGAAGAGUGACGAGAAGAGGGAGUACCUCCUGUCCGCAGCCCCCAGCAAGCCCGUCGCACCCCUCUUCCUGCAGGGCCUCUCUGAUCUCAGAGUCAUGGACGGAAGCCAGGUCACCAUGACAGUCCAGGUGUCAGGGAACCCACCCCCUGAGGUCAUCUGGCUUCACGAUGGGAAUGAAAUCCAGGAGUCAGAGGACUUCCACUUUGAACAGAGAGGCACUCUGCACAGCCUUUGUAUCCAGGAGGUGUUCCCAGAGGACACAGGCACUUACACCUGUGAAGCCUGGAACAGCGCAGGAGAGGUCCGCACCCAGGCCGUGCUCACGGUGCAAGAACCUCAGGAUGGCACCCAGCCCUGGUUCAUCAGCAAGCCUCGCUCAGUGACAGCCUGCCUGGGCCAGAAUGUCCUCAUCUCCUGUGCCAUAGCUGGGGACCCCUUCCCCACUGUGCACUGGCUCCGAGAUGGCAAAGCCCUUUCCAAAGACACUGGCCACUUCGAGGUGUUACAGAAUGAGGAUGUGUUCACCCUGGUCCUGAAGAACGUGCAGCCCUGGCACGCUGGCCAGUAUGAGAUCCUGCUCAAGAAUCGGGUUGGUGAAUGCAGUUGCCAGGUGGCACUGAUGCUGCAGAGCAGCCCAUCCAGAGCCCCCAUGCGGGGGAGGGAGCCUGCCAGCUGCGAGGGCCUCUCCAGCCGAGGAGUUGGUGCUGAUGGUGGUGACCACUAUGGCAGCCUGAGGCCCGGCUGGCCAGCAAGAGGGCAGGGGCGGCCAGAGGAGGAGGACAGCGAAGACGUGCGUGGGGUGCUCAAGAGGCGUGUGGAGACACGGCAGCACACUGAGGAGGCCAUCCGCCAGCAGGAGGUGGAGCAGCUGGACUUCCGUGACCUCCUGGGCAAGAAGGUGAGUACCAAGACUUUGUCUGAAGAGGACCUGAAGGAGAUACCAGCCGAGCAAAUGGAUUUCCGUGCCAACCUGCAGCGGCAAGUGAAGCCCAAGACGGUGUCAGAGGAAGAGAGGAAGGUGCAUAGCCCCCAGCAGGUUGACUUCCGCUCCGUCCUGGCCAAGAAGGGGACUCCCAAGACCCCGUUGCCUGAGAAGGUACCACCUCCAAAACCUGCCACUCCAGAUUUUCGCUCGGUGUUAGGCAGUAAGAAAAAAUUACCAGCAGAGAAUGGCAGCAACAAUGCUGAGGCCUUGAAUGCCAAGGCAGCAGAAAGUCCCAAGCCUGUGGGCAAUGCCCAGCCUUUAGGGUUCCUGAAACCCGUGGGCAACACCAAGCCAGCCGAGACCCCCAAACCCUUGGGUAACACCAAGCCAGCAGAGGCCCCCAAACUCUUGGGUAGCACCAAGCCAACUGAAACCCCCAAGCCCAUGGGCAACACCAAGCCAGCCGAGACCCCCAAACCCAUGGGCAACGCCAAGCCAGCAGAGGCCCCCAAACCCUUUGGUAACACCAAGCCGGCUGAGACCCCCAAACCCUUGGGUAAUACCAAGCUGGCUGAGACCCCCAAGCCCUUGGGUAACACCAAGCUGGCUGAGACCCCCAAACCCUUGGGCAACACCAAGCCAGCUGAGACCCCCAAACCCAUGGGCAGUGCCAAGCCAGCUGAGACCCCCAAGCCCUUGGGUAACACCAAGCCAGCUGAGACCCCCAAACCCAUGGGCAGUGCCAAGCCAGCUGAGACCCCCAAGCCCUUGGGUAACACCAAGCCAGCUGAGACCCCUAAACCCAUGGGCAGUGCCAAGCCAGCUGAGACCCCCAAGCCCUUGGGUAACACCAAGCCAGCUGAGACCCCCAAACCCAUGGGCAGUGCCAAGCCAGACGAGACCCCUAAACCCAUGGGCAAUGCCAAGCCAGCUGAGACUCCAAAACCAGCUGGGAAAGAGGAACUCGAAAAGGAAGUUAAGAAUGAUGUGAACUGCAAGAGGGGCCAUGCAGGGGCCACAGAAAAUGAAAAAAGACCAGAGAGCCAAGGGACAGUCCCAACCUUCAAGGAGAAGCUACAAGAUGUCCAUGUGGUGGAGGGUGAGAAGCUGCUGCUCCAGUGCCAGGUGUCCUCUGACCCCCCGGCCACCAUCACCUGGACGCUGAAUGGGAAGACCCUGAAGACCACCAAGUUCAUCAUCCUCUCCCAAGAAGAUCCUGUCAGAUCACCUGCCACAGAAAUACGCCUUGGUCAUUCUCAGAAUGGCUCACUGUGCUCCAUUUCCAUCGAGAAGGCACUGCCCGAGGACAGAGGCUUAUACAAGUGUGUAGCCAAGAACAGCUCUGGCCAGGCCGAGUGCUCCUGCCAAGUCACCGUGGACGAUGCCCCCGCCAGUGAGAAUGCCAAGGCCCCGGAGAUGAAAGCCCGGAGGCCAAAGAGCUCGCUUCCUCCCGUGCUGGGAACAGAGAGUGAUGCAACUGUGAAAAAGAAACCUGCCCCCAAGACGCCUCCAAAGGCAGCCAUGCCCCCUCAGAUCAUCCAGUUUCCCGAGGACCAAAAGGUGCGUGCAGGAGAGCCGGUGGAGCUGUGUGGGAAAGUGGCAGGCACCCAGCCCAUCACCUACACCUGGAUGAAGUUCCGCAAGCAGAUCCAGGAGAGUGAGCACAUCAAGGUGGAGAACAGCGAGAACGGCAGCAAGCUCACCAUCCGGGCAGCGCGCCAGGAGCACUGUGGCUGCUACACUCUGCUGGUGGAGAACAAGCUGGGCAGCAGGCAGGCCCAGGUCAAUCUCACCGUGGUGGACAAGCCGGACCCCCCAGCAGGCACGCCUUGUGCCUCUGACAUCCGUAGCUCCUCGCUGACCCUGUCCUGGUAUGGUUCGUCGUAUGAUGGGGGCAGCGCUGUACAGUCCUACAGCGUCGAGAUCUGGGACUCAGUGGACAAGAAGUGGACGGAACUAGCCACAUGCCGUAGCACCUCUUUUAACGUCCAGGAUCUGCUGCCUGACCGAGAGUAUAAGUUCCGCGUGCGUGCAAUCAACGUGUAUGGAAUCAGUGAGCCGAGCCAGGAGUCUGAACUCACAGUGGUGGGAGAGAAACCCGAGGAGCCAAAGGAUGAAGUGGAGGUGUCAGAUGACGAUGAGAAGGAGCCUGAGGUCGAUUACCGGACCGUCACAGUCAAUACUGAACAAAAAGUAUCUGACUUCUAUGACAUCGAAGAGAGACUAGGAUCUGGGAAAUUUGGACAGGUCUUUCGACUUGUAGAAAAGAAAACUGGAAAAAUCUGGGCAGGGAAAUUCUUCAAGGCAUAUUCAGCGAAAGAGAAGGAGAACAUCCGGCAGGAGAUCAGCAUCAUGAACUGCCUCCACCACCCCAAGCUGGUCCAGUGCGUGGACGCCUUCGAGGACAAGGCCAACAUCGUCAUGGUCCUGGAGAUUGUGUCUGGGGGUGAGCUGUUCGAGCGCAUCAUCGAUGAGGACUUUGAGCUGACUGAGCGCGAGUGCAUCAAGUACAUGAGGCAGAUCUCGGAGGGGGUGGAGUACAUCCACAAGCAGGGCAUCGUCCACCUGGACCUCAAGCCUGAGAACAUCAUGUGUGUCAACAAGACAGGCGCCAGGAUCAAGCUCAUCGACUUCGGUCUGGCCAGGAGGCUGGAAAAUGCAGGGUCUCUGAAGGUCCUCUUUGGCACCCCAGAGUUCGUGGCACCUGAAGUGAUCAACUACGAGCCCAUCGGCUAUGCCACAGACAUGUGGAGCAUCGGGGUCAUCUGCUACAUCCUGGUCAGUGGACUCUCCCCCUUCAUGGGUGACAACGAUAACGAGACCUUAGCCAACGUCACCUCGGCCACCUGGGACUUCGACGACGAGGCCUUCGAUGAGAUCUCUGAUGAUGCCAAGGAUUUUAUCAGCAAUUUGCUGAAGAAAGAUAUGAAAAACCGCUUGGACUGCACCCAGUGCCUUCAGCAUCCAUGGCUAAUGAAAGACACCAAGAACAUGGAGGCCAAGAAGCUCUCCAAAGACCGGAUGAAGAAGUACAUGGCAAGAAGGAAAUGGCAGAAAACAGGCAAUGCUGUGAGAGCCAUUGGAAGACUGUCCUCUAUGGCAAUGAUCUCAGGGCUCAGUGGCAGGAAAUCCUCAACAGGAUCACCAACCAGCCCGCUCAAUGCAGAAAAACUAGACUCUGAAGAAGAUGUCGCCCAAGCUUUCCUUGAGGCUGUUGCUGAGGAAAAGCCCCAUGUAAAACCCUACUUUUCUAAGACAAUUCGUGACUUAGAAGUUGUGGAGGGAAGCGCUGCUAGGUUUGACUGCAAGAUUGAAGGAUACCCAGACCCUGAGGUCGUCUGGUUCAAAGAUGACCAGUCAAUCAGGGAGUCCCGCCACUUCCAGAUAGACUACGAUGAGGAUGGGAACUGCUCUUUAAUCAUUAGCGAUGUUUGCGGGGAUGACGACGCCAAGUACACCUGCAAGGCUGUCAACAGUCUUGGAGAAGCCACCUGCACAGCAGAGCUCAUUGUGGAAACCAUGGAGGAAGGAGAAGGGGAAGGAGAAGAGGAAGAAGAGGAAGAGUGAAACAAAGCCAGAGAGAGGCAGUUUCUAAGUCAUAUUACAAAGACUAUUUCUCUAAAGCUCAAAAAAUCCAAGAUAGUAAAAGCACCUAGUGUGAUAGAUUAUUUAGUUAGGUCAUUUAGGGGUUGAUUCUUGGGCAACAGUGGUUGAUAACCCAGCAGCAUUGUUGACGGGCAUUAGUUUGAAUUAGCUGGCACCUUAAGAUACUAGUACAGCUAGAUUUCAUUUUGAGAAAUCACCAGUAACUUGUCUGACCAGUUGAUUUUAGAGAAAAAGUAACCAAAUGGAAGACUGACCUGGGCAAAGUCAUAAAUUCCCCUACUGAAAGCACUCGUGAUCCUGUGGUCACAGCUCCGCCCAGAGGGUCCCUGGAGAUGGGGGUCUCUCCCAGCUCCUACUCCAGAGAACCAGGUCUUCUCUAGCACUGCAGCACUUCAUUCUGCAGGCAGUUGAGCCAUUUUAACUUACGAGGCACAUUUCAUUCCAAAGUAUACCAUAGACAUUCGAACUUUUCAUUUCCCUCCCCUGUUCUACCUGCCAGCUUUUCUGAAUCUGAACUUGCCAUGAGUUUAAGCACUUGGGACAUCACGCUUCUUAGAUUCUGAAGACAUGUCCCCUGCUCAUGGAUGACUGGCUUCCUUGGGAAAAGAGAAUCUUCUUUCUUCCAAAAUCAGUAGGCACUCUAAACUUAUCCCCUCUUUGAAGAUGUCUAGCAGCUUCAGACAUUUUUAUUUGAACCUAUGAAAAAUAAUUCCUUGCUGAUGUGCUUUUUUUCUGAAACCACAAUUCAUAUUUGUGCUGUUUUAGAGCAUCAGCUCUGCAUGUGUGGUAAUGGUUUUUGUGUUUGAAUGUAUGAAAAACCAGUUUGCUGAAAAGUUAGUCUUAAUUAUUUAUUGGCCACUAUGAAACAGAUUUCAACUGAAGAGCUAUAGAACUCCACAUACUUGGGAAUCUUCUUCAGGAUAGUCUGAGUUUAAUAUACCUUCAUUCCAAAUACUCUUCAGAGAACUCUACCUACCUUAUGGGUUCCACAAGGUUUUUCUUCUUGAAUGUGCAUCAAUCAUGCCUUGCCCCCAACCUUCAAAUAUAUUCUUAGAUCUGAUAAAUGCACUCAGACUUGUGUCUUUAGGAAUUUUUAACUUUCUUUCACUACAUUGGCACUUAAAUUUUUCUUUAUAAAACUUUUUGAAGGUCAUAAACAAAGACCAUAAACUGAUAUGCCUAAUACAUUUCCUCUGCGUGUGUGUGUAACAUUCCAGUUACUUUUUUCUUUUCCACUGUUUGUAAAGUGCAGCAGUUUAAUAUUUCAAGGGACUUUUCAAUAGUUCCUUAAGAACCAAUUUUAAAUUACUUCAGUGCAAUCCUACAUAGUAUCAACAUUAGAAUUUUGCUUUACUUAGUCUUAUGUUAUCUUCCAUUCUAUUUUUAUCUGCUUUUUGCUGCUAGCUUCAAAUUGCCAGUAUUUUUCUUUUUGCUUUUUAAACAGUUACAAUAUUUUUUCAUAAUAGCCACAGUAUUGCCACAGUUUAUUAUAAUAAAGUGUUUCUACUUUGAGUUAGAGCAUUCAAAGCUUUUCUUCAUCACGUUUAACUGUUUAGACUAUAACCUUUGUGUGCGUGUAUGUUGUAUAUGUGCGCGCAUGUGUGGUGUGUGUGUGUUUGUUUACAGGUUUUUGAUGCCUUCUUGAAAUUGUGUUAAUGUUCUCCCAGUUUAUUAUGCCAUCAGAAUGGUAAAUGAGAACACUACAACUGUAGUUAGCUCACAAUUUAAAAUAAAGGAUACCACAGUGCA